GAGGCAGGUUCCCUCCACCUCGCCUUCCGGCAAACGUAGCUGGAACCUGCGCGCACGCACUCUCCUUCCGCUCUGCGCUUGGCCACAUCCGGGCGGAUGCUGGCGUGGACGGGGUUCAAAGCUACGCCGAGCCUCGAAGCCCUGAACUCUGCCCACACCAGCGCUGUUUGCAGCUCCUCUGAGACAGUGGGAAUAAAGACUUAAGGCCUCUCUGCCGCCGCCGGCGUCGGGUCCAGAUCUUCAGUUCCUGCAAACAGGAGGAGCCUCGUCCACCGUCCUGACAUGUUAAGCCGAAGGGGUGGAAGUGGAUGAGAUCUCUGUAGAAGAAAGUGGAAGGAAGAAAGACCAGACUGCCAAGCACCGUAUCUCUAGGGUGGGCCCACCUUUCAGCAUCAGAGGAGCAGGAGUAAACACGAGUUGUUGAGUGUAAACACAAGCGGUCGGAACACUAGGAUGCAAACUAGUAGAGAAGCAUGUGACGUGGAAGCCAAGGCAGAGGAGUUCCAGACAAGCCGAGUAGGACGUUUUAAGCAUUUAUGGAUGUAGUGUGAGUGAUACGGGGAGACGCUGAAAGUUCGUUACGUUUUCAUUGUAUCCCUCUGCAUGAAGUGAUGAGAAUAGACCUCAGGGCGGGGCCAGGGUCGGGGCAGGGGCUAGUUACGAAGAAAUGACUUUCAAGAGUGAAAGUGCCAGGCAGGGAUAGAACUUCUGCUUCCAAAUGUGACAGACUAAGACCCUAGUGGACCAGGCCCCAGCAGAAAACAGCUAUGAAUUUGGACACAGUACAAAAAGCAACUACCCUAAUAUCCUAGGAUGCAAACGGAAGCAGGCUGCCUCUGGUCAGGAGAGCAAGCUUGCUUGGAGAAGGGCAGUUAAGGAACCACACAGGAAAGUCCCCCUUUCCUUGGCGUUUAGCUUGGAGCUAAGUGCAAUCCAGGAGGCAAGGUCUGCGGCAGCAGGGGUGCACAAGGGAAAACUCUCAGUUUUUCUUCUCUGGGGAACCAAAAAAGUGAAGCCAGGAAACUUUGAAUGCUGAAGAGAUUGGGAAAUACCGAAAGGGCAGGAGCCAGAGAGCGGAUCCCGAACUCCACUCACAUCUCUGACAGACUCUUGAAGCAGAAUCACAGCAGUUCAGUUAAAAACGAAAGAUCUGAAUUGAGACUAGAGUUGUCCCCCAAGAAACGGAGUUCACAGUUCAAAUCCAGCCGAGAAAUUAGCUGCAAAUGCAAAGGAAAUAACACUCCUUGCAGAGAAAUAACACUCCUUGCAGAAAAAUAACACAAUCCAGAAUCUCCACAACUUACCAUUCAUUAAGUCCAAGAUAUGAUUCAAAAUUACUGACAAAAAUCAAGAAAAUGAAUCACAUUUUCUAGAGUCCAAUCACAUUUUCUAGAGGUGAAUCAGAUGCUGAAAACUGACGGAUAAGGAUUUUAAAGUAACUAUUAUACCUCUCUUCAAUGAAGUAAAACAAAACAUGUUUUCAGUGAAUGAAACUCUCAGAAGACCAAAAAAAAAAAAAAAAAAAAAAAGAAAAACAAAACAAAACAAGACAAACAAACAAAAAAAAAAACAGCAGAGAAAAAGAUAAAAGAAUCAAAUGGAAAUUCUGGAACCAAAAAUUAAAAUUUUAGAAAUAAAAAAAAUCCACUGGUGGGUUUAACAGCCAAAUGGAAAUUGCAGAGGAAAAAAUUAAACGAACUGGAGGGUAGAGCAACCAUCCAGGAAAUCAUCCAAGGUGAACAACAAAGAGAAAAACGAUUUAAAAAAAAAAUAAACAGAGCCUCAGAGACCUGCUACAUGUUAUCAAACAACCCAACAUACAUGUAAAUGAAAUACCAGAAGGAGAAAAGAAAUAGAAGGGGGCAGAAAAAAAAUUAAAGAAAUUAAAAAUUCCCCAAAUUUGAUGAAAGACAGAAAUUUUUACGUACAAAAUGCUAAAUGAAUACCAAGUGAAAUCAACAUGAUGAAGUCCCUGCUGAAGUCAAACUGCUGAAAGCCAGAUAAAAGCUUGAAUGUAUUUCUUUUAAUGCAUUACAUACAGGGAGAAGUACAUCCCAUUCAGUGAUGUAAAACCUCACGUGAAGAUUCAUAAAUUGCCCUAGAAUGUACCGCAUUUGAAUGAAGUCACUAACCUUUGCCUUUACAAAGUAGCUGCUAAGCCCUGAAGAAGCGAAUGACACUGAAAUUAGUAAGCUCCUUGAAGCACGGAACACUGACACUAAUUCAAGUAAUUAGAGGGCAGCCACAGACCACAAUGUGGAUAAUACAACAGAAAUACUCAGGGAGUGGUUGAAAAAUGUGCAGAGAGUCUACCACUAUGUGGAGUGGAGGCCUAUGGAUGAACCUGAGUCUUACCCUGAUGAAAUUGGACCAAAGCACUGGGCUGGCUCCCGUUUUGCUCAUGUGAUGAAACUACGUCAGGCAGCCCUUCGAACUGCGAGGGAAAAAUGGUCAGAUUACAUUCUGUUCAUAGAUGUUGACAACUUCCUGACUAACCCACAGACCCUCAAUCUAAUGAUGGCAGAGAACAAAACCAUCGUGGCCCCCAUGCUGGAGUCUCGGGGCCUGUAUUCGAACUUCUGGUGUGGAAUCACACCUCAGGGCUUCUAUAAACGGACCCCAGACUAUCUCCAGAUUAGAGAGUGGAAGAGGCUGGGCUGCUUCCCUGUCCCCAUGGUCCACUCCACAUUCCUGAUCGACCUCAGGAAGGAGGCCUCCGACCAGCUGGCGUUCUACCCCCCGCACCAGGACUACACCUGGGCCUUCGAUGACAUCAUGGUCUUCGCCUUCUCCAGCAGGCAAGCAGGCAUCCAGAUGUAUCUCUGUAACAGAGAGCACUACGGCUACCUGCCCAUACCCCUGAAGCCCCAUCAGACCCUGCAGGAGGACGUCGAGAACUUCGUCCACGUGCAGACAGAAGCAAUGAUUGACGGUCCUCCCAUGGAACCUUCCCAGUUUGUCUCAGUGGUCCCUAAAUAUCCAGACAAGAUGGGAUUUGAUGAGAUUUUCAUGAUAAACCUCAAGCGGAGGAAGGACAGGCGGGACCGGAUGUUACGCACGCUGUACGAGCAGGAGAUUGAGGUCAAGAUUGUCGAGGCUGUGGAUGGAAAGGCACUCAACACAAGCCAGCUGAAGGCCCUGAAUAUCGAAAUGCUGCCUGGAUAUCGUGAUCCCUACUCGUCCAGGCCUCUCACCAGGGGUGAGAUCGGCUGCUUCCUUAGCCACUACUCUGUCUGGAAAGAGGUGAUUGACCGAGAGCUGGAGAAGGCCCUUGUCAUUGAGGACGACGUGCGUUUUGAACAUCAGUUUAAGAAGAAACUGAUGACGCUGAUGGAUGACAUUGACCGGGCUCAGCUGGACUGGGAACUGAUCUACAUUGGCAGGAAGAGGAUGCAAGUGAAAGGGCCAGAGAAAGCCGUGCCCCACGUGGCGCAUCUGGUUGAAGCCGACUACUCCUACUGGACGCUGGGCUACGCCAUCUCCCUGGAGGGAGCGCAGAAGCUGGUCGGAGCCAAUCCGUUUGGGAAGAUGCUGCCGGUGGAUGAGUUCCUGCCUAUCAUGUACAACAAGCACCCUGUAGCCGAGUACAUGGAGCAUUACGAGUCCAGAGACUUGAAAGCCUUCUCCGCAGAACCGCUGCUCAUCUACCCGACACACUACACAGGCCAGCCGGGGUAUCUGAGCGACACGGAGACCUCCACCAUCUGGGACAAUGAGACGGUGGCCACUGACUGGGACAGGACACAUGCCUGGAAGUCCCGGAAGCAAGCUCACAUCCCCCGCGGUGGCAAGAACACAGAGGCCCUGCCACCACCAACCUCCCUGGACACUGUGCCUUCAAAAGAUGAGCUAUGAAUUCUCCACGGGGGCUUCACCACCCUUUGGUUUUCCUAAUGGGCUAUUCAUCCGGGUUUGCUCCAGUUUCUUUUUAGUGUCAUGAUGGCCAUCUAACCAGAGCGGUCUAAUGGUCCAAAUUAAUAUAUUUCUGACAGGGGAGGAGACUAGGGAAACGAAACCCGAAUUCCCUAGGGUGACUGGAAAAUAGGCUUUAUGGCAACUGUUAAGAUGAACUUCAGUCCAGUCGCCUUGCCCUUCAGCUCAUCACCCAUGUGACACUGGCUCCCACAUCAAGGUCGAACAGUAUGGCUUGGACUUGUCCGAAGGAAAGGCCGUCCCCACGCUGUCACGUCAGUAAAUGGGUAGACCGGGCGGCCAAGCCAGCGGGACCGCAUCUGGCCUGCUGGGCGCGUUUUAUGUCCUAGAUGUGACCUUGAAAACUUGAAUACGUUCCAAGUUUGGGUGGCUGGGCGGGGAAUCAGAUCACUUAAAAUCAAUUUAAUUGGGCUUUUUCUUUAAAGGCACUGGUCAUGAGCCUCCCUGCGAAGCGAGCUUUGCAUCUUAGUCCUCCUUAUCCGACAGGGAUGGGCAUUUGGGUCUGUCUGAGACGUGGCCUUUGACUCUCGUGGCAGUUGAAGCUCAAAGAGGUGUCCCGUUUGCCAUGUGGAUAUAGUUUGGUAGAUACUUGAGGGUUUGUGUAGAUAUUUGAGGAAAACCCUCCAACUUUGGCCUUCUUUAUUGUGGUCACUUGGGUGGGGGUGCUCUAUUUAUGAAGAUAAAUUUAAUAUAUAAGGGGUUAGGGCUGGUGUGUGGCUCCUGUCCCAGGGGGUCACGUGCCGUAGGUCAGACUCUCCCUUCCACCUGAGCCUGGGGAUGAAUUGCAGGUGUGAGUUUUAUGAGUCACUGUUAAGAGGCAGAGCACAUUUUUAGGCCAGCAGCUGUCCUUGCCUGGGAUUUUCAUUCUAUUUUGAAUUAUUUAUUUUACAAAAUGUAGGGGAAAUGUUUGCAGGAAGAGGCAGCGAAACAGGUGUGCCAAGCUUUCACCGCCCCCUGGGGAGGGGUCAGUGUGGACAUCCUGGGUCGGGUCGGGGAUCUGGUGUGGACACCCUGGGUCGGGGAUCUGGUGUGGACACCCUGGGUCGGGGAUCUGGUUCUCCUGCGUCUCCCAGCCUGACUCUCACAGGGAGGCCUGCUGAGUGGGAGAGUCUGACCUUCCGGAAACAAACGAGUCUCCGUUGCAGGUGCGAGAACUUGGUUAGAAACAACGGGCUGAUCAACUGAUGGAAGCCGACAGCCAGGGAAGCCCUGGGAGGCAGGAGCCCGGGCAGACCGCCUCUCUGCUUUGCUUCUAAGUGGAUUUCAUGUAAAACGCAGAGCUGGAUGGCAUCAUCUCUUUUACCUCUUCAGCUCCGCCAUCUGCGAUCUUUGGAUGUCUCACGAUGAUUUUUGGUUUAUGUUCUCGUGCCCACAAGCAGUAACACUUGGCCUGCAGAAACCCCCUCCCCGGGCACCCCAUCCACACACGCUCCUCUCUCGGUGUCCUUGGUGUCGGGCUUUGCAGGGCCAGCAACCUGAGCUUCAUGCUUUGGGGCAGCGCCCACCGUGGCCUUGCUGGUGGUACCAAGCUGACUGCCCCCCGGGCAGGGCCCCCGGCUGCAGGGCAAGCGGGCAGCGUCCUCCCACAGAACACCGGCCCCGACCUUCGCUGUUCCCUUGUGGCUGGUUCUUCUGCGCUGACCAAUGAGCCAGCAGGCUGAGGAAGGUGAUCUCGGCCGACUCUGAUUUUUACUGCUUCGACAAAGCCGGCAGAGCUUGGCUCUUUUUUUUCCCCCUAGAGAAACAGAAAGACCAUCUGGGGAGCUAGCGAAACCCCCAGGCAAUUGCUGAGGCGUCCUUGGGUAUUUCGUACUUCGUUUGCGUAUUUGACUGUGUGCAAGUGUGUGUGCAUUUCAUGAUUUUUUAACGGGGUGGGCGGAGGCUGAGGCACUGGGAGUGAAGGAGGGUUGAAUUGAUUUUUGUGUGGCGUUGUUUAAUAGAGAACAUUAGUGUGGUUUUGUUUUUUUUUCUUUUUCCCUAUCAGCUGGUCUGGUGGGUUUAUAAAUUCUCAUUCUUAAAAGACGUUGUUCAUAAAAUCUAGAACUUUAGCUUAGGACUGUUCUACUGUGAAUAAAGUUCUGGCUCUGUCAGCCCUGGGUGCUUCUCUCCACUCAGGUCUAGAAUCCCAUGCAGUGUUCUUCUGUUGUGAGCGUUGUGAACUGCAGGCCCAGCAUUUCUUUCAAAGUCGUCUCUUCAGCACCCCAGGGGUUCCUUGACCUCAUUAUCCUUCCCGCCUCCCGCCUGAAAGCCUUAAGUCGGGACAUUUGACCGUCGCAGUGUCCGAGGAGGACUCUGCCUCCAGCCACGGCACCUGCUGUUGGCCUCUGGAGAUUAGACCCCGUCUGGACCCCCGCUAUCUGGCUCCCUCUCUGUAUCUUGAGAUCCAAGGUGGGAUUUCUGGACGGAUGACCCUGACGUCAGCAGUGCCGGUGCUGCUGAGUGUGGACUGAGUGUCCAUGACACGCAGAGGACAUGUUGCUUGGGCCUCGCUUGGUUCCCGGGGCCCUGCUGCAGGAACUCUGGAAGACAAGACAGAGCCGGCAUCCCAGCGUCCUAUACAGUCUGUCACGCUGUGUCCUGUCAGGGUGGGGACGUGGUAAACGACUUGCCUUCUAGAGCUCUUUGUGAAAAAUUAAAAAAAAAGAAAGUGCAACACUGUGAUGGUCCCUUGGUUCCUCCGACGCUGAUCAGCAACCAGCACUGCUGGAGUUCCCAGGUCUGCACUGGACCAAGGAUGUGGGAGGCCAGAGACAACCGUCAUGCUGUGCAGCCCCCACGGCAAGAGAGGGUGGCCGCCGGCCUUCCUGUGCAGUGAGGGGUGCUUUAGAUUGCUGGAGAGAAGUGGGGAAGCAAAAAGGGGUCUAGGCUACAGACAGACAGGAGUCCCAGUGGGAGAGGGCGGGGGAGGGAGGGUGCAUCUUGCGUCUCUGCGUUAUUGGUCAGCCUGUCCAUUCAUCAAAAGACACUGGGAUGCUGGUCUAAGGCCAAAGGGCUUUGUCUUGGGGCAAAAAAAAGAGAACCCAUGUUGGCCUCAGUAAUGCCUUGAAUUUCAGAUCAAGCUCCCCCCAAACCUCAAAAACCAGGUGUCAGCCCUGCCUUGUUUCAGGUCUUGUGCGGGGCGCUGAGGUGCUCAGAGGUCUGGGAAAGACCCCACCUGCUGUGGGGUCUGUGGUCCAGGGAGCCGCCGUGCAGACUGGAUGGCUGUCCUACAGACUGAAACACGGGGCCGUAGGACCCCAGGGAACCCGGCCCUGCUGAGGAGGGCCGCCGGGGGCAGCUUUGCGGGGAAGGUGGCGGUCAUGUUGGGCUUUGGAGCAAGAAUGGGAGUUGAGGAGAGGGAGGGGGGUCGGGCACAGCGGGUGGGAAUGCUGUCUGGACAUUGGGAAGGUGUGGGACUGAAAGGGCUUCCUGGGGCGGGGUGGGGAGCUGGGCAGGACCGAAGAGUCAGGAGUGUGUUGGAGUUGAUGACAGGAAACAAUCCUGAGACCUCAUAAUGAUGGCAAGGGAGCGGGCUCCCCUCCCACCCUCCCACCCCGGGCUAGCAGGAUGACUGCAGAGGCCACUGUUCCUGGGGGAAUUCUAGCUCGGGUGACUCUCCUGACAGAUGACGCAGAGAUUUCCAAUAAGAAGUUGGUGUCGGAAACAAGAAAAAACCCCCUAUUCUGCUACACACUUGGGGACCUUUUCCCUUACGGUUGGAACAAAUCCCUCGAAUCAGUAACUGUAAAAGGAAGGCGGUCUUCCCGAGAGGCUUCUCCAGCGUGCUUUUGAGACAUUCUCUCCAAGUAAGUGGUCUCUGACUGACAAGAAACUAAUUCACCGAGGAAUUAACCAAUUACCAAGUCAGUUACCGUGAGGCUGGUCACUUGCUAAGAAAACGGCGUGUCCUGGGUGAGGCGUUCAGAAGGCUCAGCGUGGGCAGCCUCGGAGGUAAUCAUUCCGUCCACAUUCUGUGUUUAUUAUUUCACCGGGAACCUUCCUCCCCUGGAGAUGCUCUGAUUAAACGCAGCAGAGGAGAGCCCGGAGGAGAGAGCAGUGACCUGUGAGGGGCCGCCUGCGAGCGGGCGGCUGGCAGCCCCGAGUGGAUGCAGGGCGGCUGGGGCAAGGGCAAGAGCAUGGCCUGUGGGGACCAGUACGUCAUUCUGUUUUUUGUCUUUGCUUGGAAAUGGCUGGUUUCAGUAUAUCGUGUUACAACAGAUUACAUAAAAAAUGGUUUCUCUUCUCACACACACAGAUCGAGGGCGAUGGCUUGCAUUUCAGCACAAAGAGUUUAGGUGAGCUUUCGGGGAGAAUUUGACGGAAUUAUUAGACGAGAUCGGGUGUGUUCAGGGUGGUAUGGCCGUAGACUGACAGAAUUAUUAAAUACUGAACGGGAUUCCCAGGCAAGUGGUGGAAUGGCUCCAUUAAACUCUGUUGUUGAGCUGGA